GAUGAGGCGAAUGUGAAUCUUGAGUCAGGGAAUGACACAGGAGAGCUCAAACUUGAAGAAGCUGCUACAAAGGUUCAAGCUGCUUUCAGAGCUCAUCAGGCCCGUGAAGAGUUUCAAACGCUUAAGAGUAUCAUAAAGCUGCAAGCAGUUAUCCGUGGUCACUUGGUUAGAAGACAAGCUGUUGCUACAUACUCGUGCAUUUGGGGAAUUGUGAAGUUACAAGCUCUUGCCCGCGGGAAGAAAGCUAGAUCUUCAGAAACCGGGGUUCAACUUCAGAAGACAAAUACGGAAACGGAGAAUUCUGAAACUGUGCAAGGGAGCUCAUACAGUUGGCUUGGGAAUCCCACAAAGCUCUCCAUGAUUGAUAAGCUUCUAGUUUCAACACCAACGACAUUGCCUCUCAAGAUUCAGUAUGGUCCUGAGGAUCCUAACUCAGCCAAGGUGUGGCUUAUGCGCUGGACACAAUUGCAAGUUUGGGCUCCUGGUCCACUGGUGUUGAAGAGUCUGGUUCCAAAAUCGACUCAGACAAAGAAGCGAAGUUUUCAAGCAGUUGAAGCGGACAAGGGAAAAAUGAAGAGAGGUGUCAAGAAACCACCCGGUGGUUCAAAUACUGGGCAUAGUUCUAGUAGCCGUUCUGCAGCUGAAAACGAAAAGCCUAAGCGAAAUGUGCGGAAGGCUUCCACGCUUGGUAAAGAGCUUUCAAGAAUCGAGAACGACAAGGCUAAGCAGAGCUCAAGAAAAAGUACCAGCGCCUUAAAGGAAGGGUCUUCACUGGAGGUUAAAGAUGAGAAGCCUAGAACUAGUCUCAAAAAGGCUUCACUUUCUAAUGUGUUAGAGAAACCUACCCGCAAGUCCGCUGAGAAGAAGAAAGAGAUUGCAGAUUCAGUGCAGAACGCUGAGAAGAAGAAAGAGACUGCAGAUUCAGUGCAGAACGUUGAGAAGAAGAAAGAGACUGCAGAUUCAGUGCAGAACGCUGAGAAGAAGAAAGAGGCUGCAGAUUCAGUGCAGAAAGAAUUGCCUGGUGACAAGGUUUCAGCUCCUGUAGUUGAUACUCCUGAAGAGGAAAAGGUGGAAGACACACCUGCAACGGUUUCAAAAGAGGCUGAUCUUGAGAAAGAUGAGAAGUCACCGGUUCUGGAUAACCCUGAGCAAGAUGAACUCAAAACCGCAGAGAGCAUUGAUAAAGCUGAGGAAGAAACCCAAGAGCCAGAUGUGCAGAUUAUUAGCUCUGAGAAUGGAACUGCUGCUCCUGAAAACACAAAGCCGAGCGAUAGACGAGCUUCCCUACCUGCAAUGAUUGAGAAUCAUCACCAAGAAGAUGGGCUUACACAUAGCGGGAGAAAGAUCCCAAGCUAUAUGGCUCCAACUGCAUCUGCAAAGGCAAGAGUAAGAGGACAAGGAUCUCCAAGGAUUGCUCAGGAGAAGCCUGAGAAAAACGGGACAACAACACGACGCCACUCUCUUCCUCCUGCAGCCAAUGGUAAGCUGAGUACAAUGUCUCCAAGGGCUCACAGACUUCUCAUAGCUUCAGCUAAAGGAUCAAUGAACAGUGACAGAUCUUUUUCGUCUUCCAAGGACAUUGGUGGUAAGAAGUUUAAAAUAAAUCGACGAAAGCUGAGUGGAAACGGUGAAGUCAUUUGA